CUGGAUGUGGCAAGAGUGUUCUAAGGUGAGAACUUAAGUGGCUAUCUGGAGGAGCAAUACCAUUUCCAGAUUGCUAACGCACUGUUUAGUGCUACGGCAAUUGAAGAUGUCAAACGUCUGUGCGAUACGAACGAUGAUUACGGGUUGGCUUAUUUCUACUUCACCUUCAGCGACUCUGAAAAGCAGAAAUUGGAAAAUAUGCUUCUAUCCCUUAUAGGCCAACUUCCAAAAAGGCCUUCGGAUCGAGGUCUGCCAGCUGCGGUUGUAGAUCUCUAUAACAGCACCAAGGCAAUUGGGAAGUUGGCGGAUACCAGGGCUCUGAAGGAUCUAUUGUCCCAGAUUGUAAAGGGUUUUAAGAAGACCUUUAUCAUCCUCGAUGCCUUGGAUGAAUUUCCCAAGGGCACACGGGAGAGUCUCCUGUCUUGGAUUAGUGAACUUACGGUUGAUCAUAAGGCCGGACCGCUUUCUAUUCUCCUCACCAGCCGUCCCGAGGCCGACAUAGCGGCAUCACUAGAACCACUCAGUGCUUUUUCAGUCUCGCUACAAUCUAAAACUGUCGACCCGGAUAUCCGAACUUAUGUCCACAAAUCUCUUGUAGGCAAGGGUGGCUUCAAGAGGUUUACCGAAGAAAUUAAGGAUGAGAUUGAGCACACACUAGUUACUCGUUCACAAGGAAUGUAUGUUAUACUCGCCUAUUGAGAUGUGGAUUAGGCUAAUACAAAGGUGGGAAUGGGAAGGUUCCGAUGGGUGGAUUGCCUUUUGCGAGUUCUAGAAACAUGUUUGGCGCCGGACGAUGUAAGAGCCGCGUUGAAGAAGUUGCCUAAAGACUUGGAUUCUGUCUACACUAGGAUCCUCGAAAGCAUCGAUGAGAUGCAGAGCAUAUACAUUCAGCGAGCGAUGAAUUGGCUCGCAUUUUCGGCCGUGCCCUUGACUUUAGGCCAGCUUGCGGAGGCCGCCGUAAUCGAAUACGAUGUCGACAAGUAUGGCGAGAAUCCGGAGACUCGCACUCUUUUUGAUACUGGUUGCAUUAUGAGCAUUUGCCCUAGCCUUAUUUCCUUCGAGGAUGCCAGGGACGAUGAAUCAUCCCCGCAGGAAGACCGCCGAUUACGACUGGCACAUUUCUCGGUAAAGGAAUAUUUGAUAUCCGACCGGGCAUCUCAGGGCCCCAAUGCCUACUAUCGUAUUUCCGAGGAUGAAGCGAAUUUACUCAUGGGGCAUGCGUGCCUCAGUCGAAUACUGCGACAUAGUGCCCAAGGCACUAUAGACAGGGAGGAAGUCAAAGAAACGUCAUUUCUCUACCACUGUGCUCGAUAUUGGUUUGUGUAUACCAAAUGUAUUGAGGAUACGGCACCCUCACCACUCGCCGACGCAGCGGUGAAGGUUCUCGAGCUUGGAAAGGGCUGGUUAGAUGUAUAUGACCCUGAUGAUCCUGAGCGAGAUAAAUCCACGGGUUCCUUCGUUUAUCCACAGGCUCUCUACUAUUCUUCCUUGUUAGAUUUAGUCAAAAUCAGUGAAUUCCUAGUCAGUAGCAAGGAGAGUACGGUGAACGUGAAUUCUCAGGGUGGCAAUUAUGGCAAUGCACUACAAGCCGCUGCACGCGGGGGAAACGAAUCAGUUGUGCACCUUCUCCUAGAGCGUGGGGCGGAGGUGAAUGCUCAGGGUGGCGAGUUUGGGAACGCACUACAAGCCGCCGCAUUCGAGGGAAACGAAUCGGUUAUGCGGCUUCUCCUCGAGCAUGGGGCAGAGGUGAAGGCGCAGGGUGGCGAGUUUGGCAACGCACUACCAGCCGCUGCAUUCGCCGGGAACGAAUCGGUUAUGCGGCUUCUCCUCGACCAUGGGGCGGAGGUGAAUUCUCAGGGUGGCGGGUUAGGCAAUGCACUCCAAGCCGCUGCAUACCGUGAAAACGAAAUAGUUGUGCGGCUUCUCCUCGAGUGUGGGGCAGAUGUGAAUGCUCAGGGUGGUGCGUUUGGCAAUGCACUACAAGCAGCUGCAUACGGGAAAAACGAAUCGGUUGUGCGGCUUCUCCUCGCCCAUCGCGCAGAGGUGAAUGCUCAGG